UAAGUGAGAUUCCUCUCUGUGCCUCCAUCGGUCACGGACCCAUGAUGCCUCUCUGUGGUUCCGUCAAUUCUGGCCCAAAGAUGCCUCCACAUGCAACAUCCGUUUCCAGCGACAAGGUCCCUUAGCCCUCCGCUAGUCCCAGAGCCUCCAGCUGUGGAGCCUCCAGCUGUGGAGCCUCCAGCAGUGGAGCCUCCGGCUGUGGAGCCUCCGGCUGUGAAGCCUCCGGCUGUGGAGCCUCCGGCUGUGGAGCCUCCAGCUGUGGAGCCAUCAGCUGUUGAGCCUCCAGCUGUGGAGCCUCCGGCUGUGGAGCCUCCAGCCGUCGAGCCUCCAGCAGUGGAGCCUCCGGCUGUGGAGCCUCCGGCUGUGGAGCCUCCAGCUGUGGAGCCUCCAGCUGUGGAGCCUCCAGCAGUGGAGCCUCCGGCUGUGGAGCCUCCGGCUGUGGAGCCUCCGGCUGUGGAGCCUCCAGCCGUCGAGCCUCCAGCAGUGGAGCCUCCAGCUGGCUGCAUGUUUCCAAUCUCCUUGAAGAAAUGUAAACAUAACGCUCCUUCCCACCUCACCCCUCCUGCCAUGGCCCUGUGA